CUCCCGCUCCUCCAAGCCAUCCAAGCCCUCCUCGACCUAACCCCCAAUCUCACCACUCUCCUCUCCCCCAACGGCCAACGCUUCGUUUCCCACCCCAACUUCACCGGCACAGCCGACCUCAACAACCUCGCCACCUUCUACAUCCGCUGCGGCUCGCGAUGCACAGAGGAGCACGCCCCUCUCAAGACCCGUCUCGACUACCUCGCCCUAGACCCGCUCUUCGAGGCCUUCUACGAACAAACCGACACCAUGCUACGGGAGGCCGAAGAAUCAGGCAGUAUAAUGGAGCAUUACCAGAAGUUUGAGGGUGGUUGCUGCGCGCAUUGCUCGGGACACCCGGCUGCUGUGAUUCCUGCGGGGUUUGUGGAUGGGGAAUCAUUGUAUUUUGAGAUGGAUGGGUUCGAGCGGUUUUGG